AUGUUGGCAUCGCUCCCGAACAAAGUUCUCAUUGGCAUCACCGACUUCCUUGGUGACCAGAAGGACCGCGUGCACCUUGCGGCCUCUUGCCGCCACUUCCGCAAAAUUUUGCUUCCUUACGCGUUUAAUUCAAUCUCCUUGAACUCCACUUGUGAAUGGACCCUCAGCUGCUUGGUUCAUACCCUACUUCAGCAACCUAGAUGCGGAGCAGCAGUACGCUCCCUGUCACUGACUGUGGGCCGUUGCAGACACUCACGAAAGGUUCGUUUUGACCGAGAACUUUUGACUCGUGCCCUGCAACGCAUCGCCCAUACGGAGGAGGAACUGGUGAAGUGGCGUGAUAACCUUGAAGGGAAGUCCACUGAAGCAUCGGAUUUGUAUAGCGAAGGUGCCUGGCUUGAUUACCUUGAAGAGAAGUCCACUGAUGAAUGGGGUUUGUAUACCAAGGAUGCUUGGCGUGCGGUCCUGCUCAUUUUGGUGCCCAAUCUUGAGACGCUGAACAUCGAAUGGCAUCCUUCAGAAAAAUACACCCAGAAAGUUUUCAGCAGAGCGUUGAACCAUGAAAAGCCAUUUGACACCCGCCCCGCGUUUACCCGACUCAGAAGCAUCUCAAUUCAGGAAUGGGAGUACGAUGAUACUCUCAUCAAGGCAUGUGAUAUUGUCAAUUCCUUCCGAUUCCCGUCCCUGCGACAGUUCUCCUGUUACGGGGUUGCGGACUUUGCAGAUGACGACGAAGUCUCUAGAAUCACCAAGCUUGGGGCUUUCUCCAAGGUAACCGAUAUCGCCUUCUAUAACAGCAACUCGACGAAUGGGUUUUCGAGCUUCGUGAUUGCCUGCGAAAAUCUUCAGUCCUUUGUCUAUGAGCACAUAUUUUUGGCUGAAUGGGGGGAAUCUUGCAACCCGCCAGCCAUCUUUAAAACCCUGCUCCACCACAAAGAUACCCUCGUCAAACUCCAUGUAUACAACGCUGAGGUGGAAGACGAGCCGUCUGAGAAUGCAUUUUUCGGCUCACUGUCAAACUUCGCUGUUCUGAAAGACCUGCGACUUCGUGCCACUAAUCUCCUCGACUGGGACCGCGAGGGGAAAGUCUCAAAAAACCACCUCUUUUCCGUGCUGCCAGCAUCCCUAGUAUCGUUGACAAUUGAGAACUUCGACGAGUGUCCGAACGUGAAAAAUAUGGUUGAACAGCUUGGGGACAUCUUGCGAAACGGCAUGGGUAAUUUCUCACUUCUAGAAAGCCUAGAGAUUGGCGGAUUCUUUCUAGAUCCGGAAAAUGAUUCGCCCAACGACGUUAUUCGUCCAGAAUUGAAGCCUGUUAUGGCUCUUCUGAGCGAUGCCUGUGGAUCGAGCGGAGUUGAGUUUGUAAUGCGCGACAUCAGCUAUUGA